AUGAGAUCCUCGACCCUGUUUCCCGCCUUGGCGACCCUCCUCAGUUUGGGGGCCGCCAAACCGACUGCCACGACCCCAGAGCCGCCCAGCAAGCGGGCGACGCUGCCGACAGUCACAGUUUCUGGAAAUGCAUUCUGGCAGGGCAACGAGCGAUUCUAUGUGCGGGGCAUCGACUACCAGCCCGGCGGGUCCUCUAACAUGGCCGACCCCCUGGCGGACACCACGGUCUGCAAGCGCGACAUUGCCGAGUUCAAGAAGCUGGGCGUCAACACCAUCCGCGUGUACAUCACCGACAACUCGGCGAACCACGACGAGUGCAUGAAGGAGUUGGCGGAUGCGGGCAUCUACGUCGUCAUCGACGCCAACAACCCGCUCUACUCGAUCAACCGGCUCCAGCCCGGUCCGUCGUACAACACCAAGUAUCUCCAGAGUGUGUUUGCGACCAUCGACGAGUUCAUCAAGUACGACAACACGCUGGCGUUCUUCUCUGGUAAUGAGGUUAUCAACGACAAUACUAAGAGUACGCUGUCGGCCCGUUACGUGAAAGCCGUCACCCGUGACAUGCGCCAGUAUAUCAAGAGCCGUGGCUACCGUGCGGUGCCCGUUGGUUACUCGGCGGCCGAUGUGGCCCAGAACCGGAUGCAGCUGGCGCACUACAUGAACUGCGGCACGGAGGACGAGCGCAGUGACUUCUUUGCUUUUAACGACUACUCGUGGUGCAAUUCCAACUUCCAACAGUCCGGCUGGGACCAAAAGGUCAAGGAUUUCACCGGCUACGGUAUUGCCAUCUUCCUUUCUGAGUAUGGUUGCACCACCAACGGCCGUGACUUUGGCGAGAUCGCUGCGCUCAUGAGCGACAAGAUGAGCUCUGUCUACUCGGGCGGUCUCAUGUACGAGUACGCGUUGGAGGCGAACGGCUUCGGUAUUGCCAAACUCGGUUCCAGCGUUAAGGAGCUGGAUGACUUUUCCAAGUUCCAGAAGGCCCUAAAGGAGAACCCGAUGCCCAAGGGUGACGGCGGUUUCACCUCGACCACCAAGGCCGUGGCCUGCCCUACCAAAGACGCCCACUGGCUUGUUGAGGGCUCGCUUCUGCCCGCGAUCCCGACCGAUGCCCUGAAGUUCAUGUCCGACGGCGCCGGCAAGGGCCCGGGUCUCAAGGGCGACGGCUCGCAGAACGCCGGCGAGGGUACCAGCACGGGAGACGCGCAGCCGGGCUCUGGAAAGGUGACGAACGCCCCCAACUCCCCGCAGUCGUCUUCUAGCGACAACGCGGCUCCCGGCUCGAACCUCGGACCGGUCGACAAGGCGCCUUUUAUCAUCUCGGGGCUGGUUGUGAUGCUAAGCCUGACCGGGACUCUGCUCCUUUAA